AUGUCGCAGAAAACUUUGCUUCGAAGUUUUGGUAUCACUGAGGAUGAUGAACAAAAGAUGAUUUCUGAUGCUGUGUUUUUCCUUCUGGUUGCAGAUCAGAAGAAAACUGUGAUAAAGCGGAGUGAACUGAUAAAGCACUGUGAUCUUGGGAAGAAAGAAAAAAGAUUACAGGAUCAUGUGAUUGAUAAAGCCAUGCUGCAUCUUCAAAUGACUUUUGGAAUUGAGGUGGACAGCGAGGUAUUAGAACUCUAUGAUGGAGACGUAAAGAAGUUUAUCAACGAUGUUCUGGUAGGAAAACAACAUUAUCUUAAAAGGGACAAGGUGCCGAGUCCGGAUGAAGUUGAGGUGUACGAGUAUUCCUGGGGAGAACGGGCUGAGAAAGAAGUUAAACAGUCUGAUGUGUUUAAAUUGAUCUGCCAUGUUUACCAGUGCGAACCCAAGAUGUUUACAGAACAACUGGAGAGGAUUAAGUUGACUCGGAAGGAUGGGGAUCCGCUUAGAUUAGCAACUGCUGGAUCAGAUACACAUGUUGUCAUAUUCUCGGUUACAGAGGGGGAGGAUGGAAAGUAUCAGAAAGCAGUAAAUAUUGUCAGAUGGAGUCCUGAUGGAGAUAUACUGGCGUCUGGUGAUGAUGAAAGUGUGAUUAUAUUAUGGCAGCUGAAGCAGGGUUCAUCAGAUGCCCCAACUCUGUUUGACGAGGACUCCCAGGAGAACAAGGAGAACUGGGUCGUCUAUAAGAUGCUGAGGUUCCACCUGGACGAUGUCUAUGAUCUGUCCUGGUCUCCCUGCAGUCAGUUCCUUCUCAGUGGGUCUGUGGACAACACCGCAAUCAUUAGUAACGUUCAUAAACAAGCAAAGGUUGGCCAUCUUUCCGACUCCCAGGGUUUUGUUCAAGGUGUAUCCUGGAAUCCUAAACAUAAUAUCAUGGCAACUUUAUCCAGCGACAGACGAUGCCGAUUCUAUAACUCGACAAGUAGAAAACGGAUUGGAGAAACAUACAAGGCUUUUUUAAACCUGGACUUGGAGAAGAAAAAGAAGAAGAAGAAGACGGAAACAAGUGAAGAAGGACCGCUUGACGUUGAGAAGAUUGAAGAAAAGGAGGAGAAGAUUGAGAAUACGGAGAAGAAUGUCAGACUCUUCCAUGAUGACACGUUUAAAGGGUUCUUCCGUCGCCUGAGCUGGAGUAACGAUGGUGAACUGCUUGUUGUGCCUAGUGGAGUAAUGGAGACUGAUACUGAAGCUAAAAUAACACAUUGUACAUAUGUUUUCACUAGAAUAGAUCUUAACAGACCUGCCAUAUGUCUUCCUUCCAGAGACAAAUAUACGAUAGCUGUCAGGUUUUCUCCAGUUUUCUACAAACUGCGUCCAGUGAAAAGAAAAGGAUUAAAAAGCACGGUUGGAUUAGAACCAUGGGAAAUAUACUCCACUGUGUUUUCUCUCCCCUACAGACAAGUGUACGCAGUUGCUACGCAGAACGCAGUUAUGCUUUAUGAUACGCAACAAAUUGUUCCCAUCGGUCGAGUCUCGAACAUUCACUACACAGGCCUUACUGACCUAGCUUGGUCUCCAGAUGGAAAAAUUCUCAUGGUUUCUUCAUCUGACGGAUUCUGUUCUAUAAUUUCAUUUACAGAGACAGAGCUAGGAGAAAUGUAUAUACCUGAACCUUCAACUGAACCUGCUGUACUAUCUGCUGAAGAGUCUCCUAUCGGAACUCCAGAACGGAAGAAGGUUGAGGAGGAGGAGGAGGAGGUUAGGAGUCCUUCUCAGGUUCACAUUAAGAGUACAAAGGAGGGAGGGAAAUCAAACCCUAAAAGAUUGAAGUUUAUCACACUAAGCAGUCCUAAAGCUGACCGGAGGCUGAUCCGUCCCGAGACUGUGGAGGACGUGGCUAGGUACAGCCUAGAUGAUGACGAGGAUGGUGUGGAACUUAUGGAGACUGAGUCUGGAGAUCUUAACCUCGUCCUAGAGGACACACAAACACAACAGUCUGUUCCUGUAGCCCCUGUGGUUGAAAAGAAAAGAGUUCCAUUGGUUUCUAUUCCAGCUAAUAGUACAAGUACACCUACAGAAGGAUCAAAUGAGUGCAGUGGGAAGGGUAGAAGAGUUGAACUGAUAACCCUAUCUAGUCCUAAACCUAAAUCUAAACAUUAAUCAUCAAUCCCUUGAUUUUUCUACAUUAUGCCUUAAAGUGUGCUUCAAAGUCUUCAAUCAUCUGUGUAAUAUUGAACUCAUGCAAGAUGUUCAAUUGUUGGCCUACGCUUUAAUUUUAUACUUGACGACACUCUUGAUAUGUACCCUUAAAUUGACAAAGUUGAUAUUAAGCCCUUUUUUUAAUUUUGAUAAUAAUGAGAUUAUACCAAACCCUCCACUUUAACUAUUUUUUUUCAAAAAUGAUAGCAAUGCAUCUUUAUUCGUUACCCCCUCAUAGCGCAUUUAUACUUGAAUAGAAUAUACCUAAUACAAUUAUGCUUAGUCGUGCAAACAGAACAGAACAAAAAUGGUUUAAAUGUUUGAAUACAAUGUUUUCAGCUUCUUAUUUAGUGCCAAUAUUUUAUUCCCCCCAACCAAGAACUAUUUUGUACAACUAAAGUAUGUAUUUUCUAUUUUUAUGAAUAAAAAAUCCAUUAGCAAUUUA